AAUUCAAUAGACGUGCCUGCACACAAAAUUAAUUUACGACUUUCGAAUUACGGUAAAUUUAAUUGCUCACAAUGAUUCUGGAAAAUAAGGAAGAACUAUACAAACGCAACUACAACUCCAUCAAAGUCUUGUUUCGGGUAUCUUACACGUUGGGUGUAAAUUUAACCGCGCCUGAUAAAUUCAAGGAUUCGUUAAAAAUGGAGUCAAAAAAACGGAAAAAUCGCGUAUGCGGAAAUGUUCUACGUUUCAUUCUGACCAACUUUGCCUAAGAGAGUAGUCCGAUUUCGAGCCAGCGAUUUUUAAGGCAAGCACUAUAAUGGUCGGAUCUAAACAAUUUGUUCGGAGAUUGGACCAUUGUCGUACCCGUACCUUUUGGUGAAUAUACUACCUACAUUUCUUCAAAUAAAGUAGUUUUCCACCCAAGCGCUUGAUUCCGAUCGUUUAGUUUAUAUGGGAGCUAGUACAUGCUAUAGUAGUCCGAUAUUGACCGUUACGACAAAUGAGCUGCUUCUUUGAUACUGAGGUGCAAUGUAUACAGGCUCGGGUAAUUCAUCGACCGAUUCCACCCAUUUCGCUACCAAACUAAAUACAUACAUAUAUGAAUCUUAAUCCGAUUUCAUCCAUUUUCUCAUACAAACAGAUUCGGUUUAUAUCUUUUCAGGGUGCGAGACCACGCCUAUUUUUUUAAAAACUUUUAAAUAAAAAUACCCACUUUACCCAUCCUUACUAGCACCAAAUAGCAGUUUUCUGCCUUACUUAACUAUAUAUACAAGUACACCUUUUCGGCUACCGGUAUUUUGUCGGGGUGGCAAUGAUCCAAUUCAUAUCUCAUCCUGAUCAUUUCGAACAGGAAUCUUCUCGUAUGUCGGUUAUUUUUGGCGUUACAAACAACAGUUUGGUGAACAACAUUAGAACAGUUGAGAACAACAUGUUUUGGGAUAUCCAAAUUAUUUUGAUAGCAAGCAGCCUUCUCUCGCUCCUUGCCCACUGGUGGUAUCUCAAGCGACAUAUUGACAGCAUACCACUUAUAGCUGAGACCGUUUUCACUGCUUUGCAAAUUGGCAUGGCCGCCAUUAAAAUGAUAUAUUUCUUCUUCACUCAUCGUACCUUCUACCGUCUGCUGGAUCAGACUUUAACACAUGAAAUAAUACGCAAAAUAGAAAUACUUACUGAUUUUCCAAUAGAUCGGCAGUUGAGGCAAGAAAUCGAUGACAUAAUGACUCGAGUUUGGCGCAACACUCGACGUCUAUUUUUAUUUUAUUUUUGUUGUUGUGUUGGUAUUAUUGCCAAUUACUUUUUUACCGCCUUCUUCGUGAAUCUCUACCAUCAGCUGAAGCAAACACCCGAUUAUGAGUUCUUUCUGCCUGUUCCGGCACUCUACCCAUUUUGGGAAAAGAAGGGCAUGGCAUUUCCCUACUAUCCUAUACAAAUGUAUAUGACCGGUGCUGCGCUCUAUGUUUCAGGCCUAGGUGCGGUGAGCUUCGAAGGCGUCUUUAUGGUGCUAUGUCAGCAUGCAGUUGCUUUAGUGAAGGUCCACAAUUUGUUGGUGCAACACGCCACUUCGCCACAGAUACCGGCUGAGAGGCGGCUAGAGUACCUGCGAUAUCUCAUAAUUACAUAUCGGCGCGUAAGCAAGUAUUUGCAAGAAAUCAAAACAAUUUUCAGGCACAUCAGUUUGGUACAGUUCUUGCUUAGCUUGAUUGUAAUGGGCUUUGUGUUAUUCGAGAUUAGUUAUGGGUUGGAAGCCAGCAUAGUUAUCCUCAUACGUAUGAUCAUGUAUAUAUCGGCUUCAAUAUCUCAAAUCACUAUAUACUGCUAUCAUGGUCAGGCACUAACUAGCGCGUGCGAAGAAAUCCCACUGGCUUAUUACAAUUGCGAUUGGUAUGGCGAGAACAAAUCCUUCAAAAACCUCAUACUAAUGAUGAUUAUGCGAACAAAUAAAGAGUUUAAUAUGGAAGUAUCAUGGUUUACUCUAAUGAACUUGACCACCUUGAUUUCUUUGCUAAGAGCGAGUGGAUCCUACUUUUUACUAUUGCAAAAUCUUCAAGAAGAUUAAUAUUAUUACAUUAUACAUUAUACAUUAUAAAUAAAAUUGUAUUGAAUAUUUCAAUAAAGAAAUUAGGAAAUGAACUAGAAAACACAAGAGG